AUGUUGAAAUACCGUCUUCUGCUGCUUUUCCUAGUCUCAGUUUCCUCUGCUCCAAAUUGCCAGUCAUGGGGAUGGUUCUCUUCUCCUCCACCUCCUCCUCCUCCCGCUGCGGCCGAUGGUGGUCACGGUGUGGCGGUGGCCGAGUUCUCCAUGGACGGUCACGCAGACUCCAAAGGAACGAAACUGGUCGAAAAGGCCAGGACUAAAUUGGUUGCUGAUUCGAAUUCCUGCUGGCAGAAUGCCUACCAACACAUCUUCACCGGGUGCACACAAAUUCUCGCCCACGAGGAGAAACGCUCCAGGUUCGCUUGGCAUCUCAGCGAUUGCUUUCAGAAGGACUCCGGGAGGAGGCCUUUCCCUCAUUGCGCGGAGAAUUCAGCCAUGGUUCAUUGCCUGAAGAAGUUGGAUGACCAUGAACACGAAAUUUACCUCGAGUACUUUCUGGAAACCAACUCCAUCUGCUACCAAUUGCAGGCGCAUGCAUUCAAGCGGGACACGGAGAGGUUGGUGAAUGAAUUGAGGAGCUCAGCGCAAUAUACAGAGCAGCAAUUGGACAUAAUUGCAGAUAGAACAUUCUCCCUGCUACAGAGCUCUAAUCAGAUUCAUGAAUCGUUGAGUUCAAUGGAUCUCCAGGUUCGACAUGUCGUUCAAGCUACGAAGGGCGUGGAGGGUCAGAUAGAUGCGUUGUCGAAGCAUUCAGAAGCUGUUUACAAACGUUCGGAGGAAAUAGCACAGUCACAAUCACAGCUGCAGGCAGGACAAAAGAUGAUGAAUGAGAACCUGAAGGAGGGUGUAACGAUGCUUCAGGAAGCUUACAGUAAUUUGGGUGAGGAAGUUGGUAACCUGAGAAAUGAGGCUAUGGAGAUUGAAAAGCAGAUUGAUAGUGUGGGAGAAACAAUGUCUUCCAAGUUUCAGGAUCUGCAGAGCAAAGCAGAUGACAUCGAGAACAUGGCAGGGAAUUCCUUGAGCAAGCAGCAAGAACUUUUGGAUGGACAAUCCACUGCACUCAAAGGUCUCAAAUUUCUCACGGAAUCUCAAUCUGCAGCACUAGAAGAAAGCAGGAAUGCUGUGCAACAUUUAGCUGAUCUGGGUCGUAAGCAGCAGGAAGAACUUCUUGGUAGGCAGGAACAGCUUCAACAAGUUCACGAUCGAUUGGUCGAGAAUUCGCAGUCGAUAUUGGCUGCACAGGAAGCAUUUGAGAUGAAGCAAGCAAGCAUGUUCGUCGUGCUAGACAAGUUGUUUGAACUGCACAACACAAUGUUGCUCGAAUCACGAGCAGUCAAGGCUUUCUUCAUCUACGUUAUGUCGAUUUUCGUCAUUUACUUGCUCACCAGCACGAAGCAGACAUACCUAGUUCGCGCGAACCUUUAUAUCGGUCUAUGCAUAACUUUCGCCAUAGAAGUGGGAAUCAUCCGGCUAACACCAGGUGAUAUCGAGCGACAGACAUGGAUGAUUAACCUGAUGAGGUUUCUGUAUGCAAUGCUGGCCAUUCUCCAAUUCCUACAUGCUAUUUACACAUACAGGGACUAUGAACUGUUGAAUCAUAGAAUGAUUGAGACAUUGGUGGAGAAGGUGAACUCCAUACAAAGAAGUAAAGAGGAGACAUGGGAAGAAGACAGCGAUGUGGAUUGGCCCUCAUGGAUUGAAGAUGAGUUACCAGAGGAAGUUCCCAGUUUAGAAGAUCCUGAUUAUGAACCCCCCAAGGACAUGACAGAACAAUCACUUACAUGUGCUCCCAUGGCGAAAAAGUACUACCAUCUUCGUCAACGACAUCGUUAG